AUGAGGAUGGCGCUGGAGUUUAGCACAUGCUGGUUGCGUCGCAGAGAGCAGGAGCUAGUGGGAUACACAGUGAUCGGUCAUGGAGCUUCCUUGUAUCAGACUACUUUGGCACAUACAUAUGUCAAGCCUGCUGCAAGCAGGCCAGUGAUGCGGCGAGGAAAAGAAGAGGCCGUCGCUGUAGCCAACAAUGUCCGUAAAGAAGAGCUUGGUCACAUCCACGCUCCCAUCCCAUGGUGUGGCAGAACUGAACACAGUUACAGUAACAGAAGCAGCAGAAUAUCAAAUGGCCGAGGUUUUUCAAGUCUGGGGUUGGCUUUCAUUUUGUCCUAUGGUCACCGUUUCAACCUCCCUUACUGA